GUUACCGCCCUUGGGCUGAGACAGUGAAGACGGGUGCGGGAUUUUUUUUGCUUUCCGACGAGGACUAGGUCAAUAAAGGGUAAAACGCCUGCAGGAAUUUCACCAAGGCAUUUAAUCAAACUGGUCUGCGGUCUCUCUCUCUGACGGACAGUGUGAAUCAUGGCUCUUCCGUUUAAGAAAGAUCUGGAGAAGUAUAAGGAGAUCGAUGAGGAUGAGAUUCUGAACAAGCUGUCAGAGGAGGAACUCAAGCAACUGGAGAGUGCUCUAGAGGAGAUCGACCCCGAGAAUGCUUUGCUGCCAGCCGGACUCAGGCAGAAGGACCAGACCACAAAAGGAGCCACCGGUCCUUUUAACCGCGAUAAACUGCUACAGUAUCUGGAGAAGGAGGCUAUGGACUAUAAAGACAGAGAUGAUUUCGUCACCUUCACCGGAGAGAAAAAAGGAAAGGUAUGGAUUCCCAAAAAGAAACCAAUCGAGAUCCAUCAGGAGGAAGCCACGACCCUUGACCCGGAAUUGGAAGAGGCACUUUCUAGCGCUACUGACACAGAACUGCAUGACCUGGCAGCUAUUCUUGGAGUGAACACACUGUUGACGAGCACGCAGAGUUAUGACGGCACCUGUAUAGACGGUUAUAACAAUGUUAUUAAGGGAGAAAAGGUAAAGCCAGUUUUUGAUGAGCCACCAAACCCUACAAAAGUGGAGGAAACUCUGCAGCGGAUAAAAUCCAAUGAUUCCUCGCUGACCGAAGUCAAUCUCAACAACAUAAAGAACAUUCCAAUCCCGACUCUAAAGGACUUUGCAAAAGCCAUGGAGAGGAACACUCAUGUGAAGAAGUUCAGUCUGGCUGCCACCAGAAGCAAUGACCCUGUUGCCAUGCGGCAGCAGCUCGGUACGUCGACAGAGAUGGAGAUCGCUAAGAUGCUGGAGCAGAAUACAAGCGUCGUGAAGUUUGGGUACCACUUCACCCAGCAGGGUCCCAGAUCCCGCGCUGCUACCGCAAUCACAAAAAACAACGACCUGGUGCGGCGGAGGCGAGUAGAGAAGGAUGUGUAGAACAUAUUCUCUCUCUCUCUCACAAGCUCAUCAGACUCUUGUGCCAAACCCUCUGAGGGAGCCGCUUCACCUGAAGAAGGGACACAACUGGAUAUUUUGCCUCCCUAAUGUUAAUACUCAAUGAUCCUUUUGUUAUGUUGUAUUAUUAUUGUUAAUUGUUGUUUGUUUUUAUAGCUGCAAACUCUUUUGCAGCCAUUUUUUUUUGCUCGUGUAAAACCCUUUCUGCUCUUUUCUUUGUAAAAGUUCUUUGAAACGAAACUAAACGGGUUGCAAUGGUUACACACAUGCACUCAAGCGCUAUAGUGAUCUCUUCAUGGAUGGGCUGGAUCAGAACCUGUUGCCCACAUUCACUCUGAACAAAUCUAGACUCAACUGGACUGGAUCUGCUGUGUUCCCCGCUUAAUGUGAGCUAAAUCUAGAUUUGUCGAGUCUGGGUUUGGAGCACAGGUUUCAGCAGAGGUUAGCCAAUGAGAGCCACGCUGUUUGUAACAGACACUCUUUAAUAAAAGUUAUCUAUACUCUCACCGUUAGCUUCACCGUGAGUGUGUGAGAAGAUUGUGCGGCUGUAGUUUUAUCAGCAUGGGUUGUGUGUGGAUGUCUUUGGGCAGCUGGGUCAUCUCAAAAACUCCUAGCUUCCACACUGCACCUCGGUUUUGCUGCCGAUUGAGACAAUUCAUAUUGUAAAAUCCACCUCUAUUCCCGAAACACACUGAUACUGUGUGUCUGAGGAAUUGGAGUGCUAAUUUAAGAUCAGCGCCCCAUUUUCAUCAAAUGUCUUUGGAAAUGGAAACAUUUGUACUAGAUCAGCACUAAUGACAACCUUGGGUGUGUAAAUGAAGGUCAAAGACUGACAGGUUUCACUUAGGACUUAAAAACUUUAGAGGUAUAUUUCCACCGAGCAAUGCACUAAGGGAUUUUUUUCUUUUUUUUCUCUUUUUUUUUUUGAACACAGGAAGUGAGCAUUUAUGUAAUUUAGUUAUAGGUUUAGAUGAGAGUAUCUUUCCUGUAGAUACAUCUAAAAUGGCUUUUCUAAUACCAUGCCAAAGACUAACACCUAAAUACUCUCAAAUACUCUAGCUGAGGUCAGACAGGAAAUAGGUUUGAAUUUCAUUUUUUGAGUUUAUUAAAGGUAUAGUUCACCCUAAAAGAAAAUGCUACAUUUCUUGCCCUAAAUUGUUCCAAACGUGUAUGCUGUUAUUGUUUUUAUAGAACGCAAAAGAUUCAUUUUUAAAGAAUUUUUGCAUAGUUUAUGGUAACCACGACUGUCAAACACCUUAUGGGUUAUGAAGACAAUACGAUAGUUUUGUAUGCGGGUUAGGACAAAAUUUAAAUUGUUCACUAUAAUUGGUUCACCAACAACCAAUCGCCAAAUGGCUUGGAAUGUAACACACAAGUUCGAAAAAUAGCUGCAUGAAGAUUCCCAUUCAAAACAAUAAAUGAAUAACCAGAUAUGGGUUUGGAACAACAUGAGGGUGAGUAAAUGGCAAAACGUUCAAGUUGUGGUGGAUUAUUCCUUUAGUUUAUCUAGAAGAAAUAUUUCUGAAGCACGUGUUCUGUGCUAAAGAGGAAAUUAGGGAACUAGUUGAAUGAAAGCGAGAAGGACGAGUAAAGUUUCAUCUUGAAUAGCAACCAAUUCUGAGCAUUUAGUGGCCCUGAUGCAGCCAGAGCCCCGAACAUACAUGCACGUUUGUGAUCGCAUGCAUGUUUGCAAUGUAAAGCUUUAUCUUUUCACUAAAGCGAUCUAACACCAGUGUAAAAUACUGAAUUAACCUGUAUACCGCUUGCCAUUUUCUGUGAGCUUGUACGUCCUACGAGGUUCAUUGAUUGUGGUAUAUAAUGUAGAGCACAGACGCUUUGCUACCAAAUGGACCUUCAGCACAAAAGUACGGCAUCUUGGGCGAAGCAGUCUGAGCAUGCCUGGUAUGGAUUAUUAUAUAGCUGGAUUACACGGGGGAACAUGUUGUACACCUGCUUUAAAUGCAAAAGCUAGGACCAAGUUUAAAGUUUUCCUUUUCUCACCUUGUCGUUAAGCUUCAUUGUUUUGUACUGUUCGGUUUUGUAAGAGCCUUGUGUAUCAAUUGACUUAUGUUUGUCUUUCAUUUUUCUUUGUGAACAAAUGCUGAAUUGUGUGUAUGAAAUCUUUUUUACAGGUUAUGGUUCAUGUUUCAUUCCAUCUUUGUUUGAGUAUCGGUUAAAGGUUCAUGCUUUGCUUAAAGCUUGUGCUUGUAAGAGCUCUGCAAUCUUACCAUGAGUUCAUUUGAAAUAUCCAUCUCAAAUCCUCUUCAGAAGAUUCCACACAUAUAUACAUAUAAAUAUCAUGUACCAUAAAUGCCUCUUAUAUUGCCACAAUUUUGUAUGUUGAUACUACAUGUCUGGAUUCCAGAAGAGGAAAUCUUACUAUGUACUGUUAAUAAUAACACACAACUCUGUAAAGUAUCAGACGUCAUCAAUAAAAUGUAUGUUUUUACA